AUGUCCAUGCCCUCUCCCCGCAGCGGCAGUGGCAGCCGCGCGCCCUCGCCGCGCCGCACGCUCACUGCACCCGCCGAGCCCGAGUCCUUCUACCCGCGCAUCCCGCCGCGCCGCUCCCUCAGCACCGCGCCGCCCGGCGCCGACGCCGACGCCGCCGCCGCACACGAGCGCCACGAGACGGGCUCGCAGGUCGACGAGCUCGAGGACGAGCCCACCGACGCCGACCUGCCGCCGCGCUCGCGCUCGACGCUGCCGCUCCGAGUCAACCGGCGCCGCGCUCCCUCCAACGCGGCCGAGCGGCCCGGCGCACCGCGCCGCGUCACCAGCGUCGAGAUGCCUCCGCGCGACGACGAGCGCACCGCCGGCGCCUCUGCGCCGCCGCACUCGGCCCACUCGACGACCUCGGGCAUGUCGACUUCGCGCUCGGCGCCCAACGUCGAUGCUCGCGGCGCGCCGCCGUCGUGGGCCGGCGGCAAGGCGGACAGCGUCUCGCCGCCGCUGGUGCCUGACCGCAAGCGAGCGCACCGUCCGCCGCCGCUCGACGCCCGCACGCUGCACGAGCCCGAGGCGGCGCCGUUGGGACGUCACCUCUCGCAGUCUCCGCGCCACGCCGAGUGGCCGGCCUCUGCGCCCGGCGGCCCGAUGCCCGACCAGCGCCGCCUGCCGCCCAUGCUCAAUGAGCCGUCCGGCUCGCGUCCGCUGCACCACCUGCCCUCGUCGUCGGCCGCUGCGCGCGAGCAGGCGCAUCUCUCUCACCACCGCGGGCAGCAAGGUCCGCGCUCCCUGCCGGGCAGCCCUCACCCGCCGCAACGCUCGCCGCAUGAGCACAUGCACGCAGCACCGCGGGCGGUGCCUGCCGAAGAUGCAGACCUGCAGCCCGAGGAGGUCGACAAGUUUUUGGCGCUCAUCGAGAAGCACAACCUCGACGCCAGCGACGAGGAGGACAUGGCACGCAGCGUCACCGAGCUGUACCAGGAGUGGCUCGAGUGGUGUGCCUCUCGCGGCACACUCAGCACCAAGAGCAAGCCGGCGCUUGUGUCCGAGUUUGUGCGCAUUCACCAAGGCGCAUACGGACCGGAGCGGCGGCAGCGCGCCAUGGGCAUCGUCCAAGGCUCGCGCCACAACGGCGCCUCCAACGGCCGCGAGGAGCUCGGGCCCGCUCUGACCGCCGCUGCCAUCCACCCGGGCGUCGGCGGUCCGCGUCGGAGGCAGAUGCCGCCGACGCCGUUCGACGGCAAGCCGCGCUAUGCCGACGAACCUCGCAGCAACGGUGCACCUCAGAGUGCGCGUGCUCGCAUGGUCGCCAGCCCGCGCGAGGCCAACGUCACGCUCAGCGGCGACUGGCGCCGCACUGAGCGGCCGCACGAGCAGGCACCGAUGCGUCGUCCUGCUGGCCCUCAGUCUCACCCGUCGUACGGUCCGGAGCCCGUGCGCAACGAGCACAUGCACGGCGAGCCUUCACCGCCGGGCGUCGCCAACGGCAAGACGCUGCCGCCGGGCCUGUUCGACAUGAUGCGCGCCGACAUCCUCAACGAGGCGCGCGCCAUGGUGAUGCACGAGCUCGCGGAGCAGAACCGCGAGCUGGCGACGCAGAACCGGGCGCUCACCGCGCGCGUCGAGCAGCUCGAGAAGCAGUCGGACAACGCGGCGCAGUGGAUCCAGCACCUGUCGCGUGCUCAAGAGGACCUCACUGCCUCGCAGCAAGCGCAUGCACAAGCAUCGCAUCAGCAGCAGCAGCAGCAGCAGCAAGCGGCACAAGCGCAGGCCCAAGCCGCGCAGCAGCAGCAUCAGCACGAGCAACAGCAGCAGCAGCUCCAACAUCAGCAGCAGCAGCAGCAACAGCAGCAGCGUCAGGAGCAGCAGCACCGCGAGGGCCCUCACCCGUCGCCGCGCUACGCUUCCGCCGCUCCGCCGGCCACGCACCCUGCGUACGCACACCAUCCGCAGCAGCACGGCGGCCCUGCGCCGCAGGGCGCCUAUGCCGACGAGUACGAGUCUCCGCCGCGUCGGCAUCCUGCGCACGCCGCUGCCUCGGCACCCAUGAGCGGCCCGUCGGGCAGCAGUCACGCGCUGCCGCCGCCGCGCUACGGCAAUGGCGCCGCCGCGGGGGCGGCGCCGGACGCUCGGCGUGCGCGUGGCGAGUACGAGGUGGAGGCCGGCGGUCCGUACGCCGACGAGCGUGCCGGCGGCUCUGGUGCGCCUCCGCACGUCGCUGCACACCAGCAGCCGCGGCGCAUGCCUCCUGCGCCUCAGUACUACCCCGGCGCCCAUUCGCCUGCGGCUGAAGGUCCGCCGCCGCACCACGCCGCACAGCACCCGGCGGCCGCGCGGCCCCGCAUGCCCGAGCCGCGCGAGGAUCCUCGACGCCUGGCGCCCUUUGCUGCUGCCGGCAGUCCGAGCCCGCACCUUGCGCACGACGAGCGCAUGGCCAAGCGGCCCCGCAAUGGCUACUUCUAGACGCAGCGGCGAAAUCAUACACGAGCCUCACGCGUCCAUGUACUUGUAACAGCCCUCCAUCCCACCUGCAUAAUCGAAUGC